AUGGCAGAGUACAAUAAGCUUUCCCAGGUUACUUUUAACCCCAUGAUCAAGGCUUGGCGUUUCAGAGUGCAACUAGACAGGAUCUACCCUUACGCGAUUACCAACCAUGGGACUUACUAUAAGUAUAUCCUUGCAGAUGAAGAUGGAUACAAGAUGGAGAUGACCACUGGUGGGGAUUAUCCAAAUUUUAGAGGCCUUGAGAAGGAAGAGGGAAGAUGGGUGGAAAUCUUUGUGGUAGAAGUUGAACGGACCUACCCAGGUUUCCAGCCAACUAGCUCUCCGUUCAAAACUAAAUGCUACGCGCUGUACGCAAGUCCGCAUCAUUGA